UUUCCACAUUCCUAAACCACCCCAUUUUUAACUUCUGCUAGAAACACAAACUAAACAGAACCAAAAAAAAAAAAACAAUGGCUGUUUCAUCUUCUUCUUCUCUUUUGCUCAUGUUUCUUGUCUUUGCUUUUGCUGCUGCAGCACCCAAGGAUUACUUAAUUGGUGGCAAACCUGAUGCAUGGAAGGUUCCAUCUUCUGAAUCUGACUCUCUCAACAAAUGGGCACAAAGUGUUCGUUUCCGCAUUGCAGACCAUCUUAUUUUCAACUAUGAAACUGGAAAAGACUCUGUUUUGCAAGUGAGCAAAGAGGAUUACACAAGCUGCAACAUCUCAAACCCAAUCAAAAAGUACAAUGAUGGGAAAACCAAGGUGAGAUUUGAUCAUUCUGGUUCAUACUACUACAUCAGUGGAGAAAAGGGUCACUGUGAAAAGGGACAGAAGGUUAUUGUGUCUGUUAUAAGCCCAAGAAGUCCAAGUGUUGGUCCUGUUUCACCUGCAUCUGCACCUUCACCAGGUGGUGGUGUUGAAGGUCCAGCUGUUGCUCCAAGUCCAACUAGUGGUGGAAGUGUUUUGCAAGGUGGUGGUGUUUUGAUGGCUGUGGGAGUGGUGGCUGCUAUGUGGGUUUUCUGAUUUGAAUUGUGACUUUUUUAGUUUGGAUAUUUAUAUUAUUACAGUAUAUUAUUAUUAUUAUAAAUAUUGGGAUUGGUUAAAGUGUUUUAGAGACAGUCACAGUGAGGUGAUUGCUAGUAGUAGUCUAGUCUUGGUAUUUUGUUGGGAUCAUAUUAUUCAAAUUUUAAUAUAAAUUUAUGAAUUAAAUCA